AAACCCAGGGCCUUGUGCCUACAAGGCAAGCACUCUACUGACUGAGCUAUCUCCCUAGCCCCUACUUUCAGCUCUUGAUGAAGCUGUUUUCCUACAAGCAGCCACUGAGGGAGCACGAGGAGCAGCAGAUCCAACUCGACACCUCCCAGAAUUCCAGCUGAAAUUGUCUAGCCCAUCCCAAUAUUCACAUGGAAACGGACUCUGAAUUAAGAUGGUUUUGAAAGAAAGGAACAAAAUUGGAGGAGUCACAUUUCCAGAUUUCAGCUUACUACAAAACUGCAGAAAUGAAGGCGCAUAAGGAGGGAGGAGCAGAACAAUGGGGUAGAACCCAGACGGCCAGCCCUAUGCUGCGGCCCGCUGGACUUUCCCAAGGGUGCUGUGGCACCUCAGUGGGGUGGGAAUAGUCUUCCUACAAAUGGUGCUGGGACAGUGGGUUAUUUAUAAGCAAACAGAUCCAUACCUGAAAUGAAACAAACAAACAAAAAAACGAGGGCUAAGGCCUUCUAUACAAAAGGCAGCUCAGAGCAGGUCAUAAACCUAAAGGCGAGUGGUAAAAUUUUAAAGCAUCCACAAAAUGUAUGGCUUUCUUCCAGACGUUUCAUUGAGCUGUUAGGGAAAUGCAAAUCAAAACCACAACGAGAAGCCUCUUUACAGUCCUAGAAUGACUGUCGUAAAGAACGGCAAUAACAAGAGGUGGCGAGGACGUGGAGAAGCGGGAACGCUCACAUGGCUCUGGGGAGCACACAAGGGCGCAGACACUUCAGGAAGCAGUCUGGCGAUUUCUCAGGAUGUGAAACAUGCAGCGAAGCUAGCUGAACACAGAAGAGGAAUGCCCACUGACUCAUGGAAACUACAUUCAGAAUGCCAACAGGACCGCUGCAACGCUUUGCCCCCCAAUUACGGAAUGGUGUCCAGUUAACAGAACGAUGAUUCCCAGAAGCUGCCUGAGGCACACUGGAGGGCUGACAUCACCAGCUUUCCAUGCUGUGAGGAUGGACUAGAAUUGGAGGCAGGAGGCUGUUACAUUUUCCAGGUAAAACAUAGGGUCAUAAUGUUCCCAAAUUCACGUGACAGGAAGUGAUUUUUCAUCUGCUGGAGACAUACAUGAAGCAGCCAGUAUCUGUUUCCUAAGUUACAGCAGGUUAAACAUGCGUGACGAGGUGCGCUCCUUCCUCUCCCGUGAGGAGGGACAGCUCUGGGUGGGAAGCGAGAAGAUGGCAUGGACAGGGCUAUGCCUUCACCUGCUGGCACAGCGUGAGUGUUACCGAGGAUUUCAGAUGUUGUGAAGCCAAGAGGUUUGAGCUUUCCCUGGAGGCUCUGCAGCAGCCUUUCAGGGUCUGAGGCAGGACAUGGGCUUGGGGUCUACGCGCAGCACGUCCUAGCCGUCUGAUCUCAUGCUUCUUCCUUAGGGAAGUGACCCAAACAGGACUGGUCAUGUGGGGUGUCACGAGGGCAGAGUGAGGUGCUGGGCAUCAGUAAAACCCUCCGCGUAGGAACACAGGUGCUGCUUUCCCCGUUUCAGCCUUAUCUUCUGUGAAUCUUACCUCACUGGAGGAUGCCACCCGUGUGGCCCUGGUCAGCUGCACUGUCAUCCUGAGGACUGCAGAGUGGUGGGUACCAGGGGCAGCCACAUGUCAGGGACCCUCGCCCACAGGGAAUCCAGGUCCCGGCCUGGAGGAGGAAUGAGGUCUGUGAAAACCAAGCAUCAAGCGUGCCAUGCUAGCUCUCAGUUGUUGGCGAUGACCUGACCUGUGCCAGCCACCCUGAGGGGCCAGGCACCGCCCUUCCCCAGAGGACCCAGAGUCAGCUCUGCUGGUGACCACACCUCUGCUGAGGCUCAGGAAAAGCUGCCCUCUGGGCCACAGGCAGGAAAUGAGUGAGGCAAGACCAGCUGAAGUGACAUUGAGGCUGGCGAUCAUGACCGUGAAAGGGACAGUUUCUCCAAAAUACAUGACUCUCGUGAACGCCAAACCCACAAUCGUGUCACUUUAUACUAUUUCUAAGCACAGAAGGGAUUUUUAGGAGGCUCUUCUCAAAAGGAUCACACAGCUCCUAGUCCAGAUCCAUAAAUUGCAAGUGAUCGUGAGGAGUUGUGCUUGAUGGAGGCCUGACAAUUAUGCAGCAGGUCACGGCAAGCCGAGCCCACUGGGACCUGACGGUGGAGCCCUGCUGCUCAGCAGGGUGCCUUGCCACAGCCUGUGGGACUCAACACCAGCCACUUUCCCCAGACUCACCUUAAAUGGCCAGCGGAAAGCGGUGCGUGGUCCUAGGACUGCUUGUGUUUUUAUGGGCUCAGUGGGCCUCCGAAGGCACAGAAGAGCAAGAGGAAGAGACCUGCAGGUUGCUGGGCAAGUUUGAUCUGAAUGGAUACGUAGAUGCUCAGAAUCAUUCACUUGUUAUUGGAGGACUGUUUCCCAUCCACUCCAGGAUCAUCCCACCAAACGAGUCGAUUUUGGAGCCAGUAUCUGCAAAGUGUGAAGGGUUCAACUUUCGGGGAUUCCGCUGGAUGAAAACCAUGAUCCAUACGAUCAAGGAGAUCAACCAGAGGAAGGAUAUCUUGCCCAACAUCACUCUGGGCUACCAGAUCUUUGACACCUGUUCCACCAUCUCCAAGGCAAUGGAGUCGGCGAUGGUGCUCCUCACCGGGCAGGAAGAGAACAAGCCCAACAUCAGGAACAGCACUGGGGCGUAUCUGGCAGGAAUUGUUGGGUCAGGGGGAUCAUCCUUAUCCAUCGCUGCUUCAAGAAUACUAGGGUUGUAUUUCUUACCUCAGGUGGGCUACACCUCUACCUGCUCCAUCCUUAGUGACAAAUUCCAGUUCCCGUCUUAUGUUCGCACAGUCGCCAGCGAUAAGUUCCAGUCCGUAGCCAUGGUGAAACUUAUCCAGCACUUCGGUUGGGUCUGGGUGGGCACCGUAGCUGCCGAUGAUGAUUACGGAAAAUAUGGAGUAAAAACUUUCAAGGAACAAAUGGAGAGCGCCAACCUCUGUGUGGCCUUCUCUGAAACCAUCCCCAAAGUCUACUCCAAUGAAAAAAUGCAGAGAGCAGUGGAGGCCGUAAAGAGCUCCACGGCCAGAGUCGUGGUGCUCUACGCGUCUGACCUUGACCUCGAGCCCUUCGUGCUGGAAAUGGUUCACCACAACAUAACUGACCGCACGUGGAUAGCGAGUGAAGCCUGGAUUACCUCGGCCCUCCUUGCCAAGCCUGAAUACUUCCCAUAUUUUGGUGGGAGCAUUGGAUUUGCAGUACCGAGAACUGAUAUACCGGGACUAAAAGAGUUUCUUUACGAUGUGCACCCCAGCAGGGAUCCACAAGAUGUCCUGACCAUCGAGUUCUGGCAGACUGCUUUUAACUGUACCUGGCCUAACAGUAGCGUUCCGUACAACGUCGACCACAGGGUGAACAUGACCGGCAGAGAGGACAGAGUGCACGCCAUGUCCCACACACUCUGUACCGGAGAGGAGAAGCUGGAGGACCUCAGAAACACCUACCUGGACGUGUCUCAGCUGAGGAUCACCAACAACGUCAAACAGGCUGUCUACGUUCUGGCCUAUGCCCUGGACCACCUGAGCAGAUGUGAGGAGGGGCAGGGGCCGUUUAUUCCAGGGAACACCUGCGCCUAUUUACCUGACUUUGAUCCUUGGCAGCUGAUGUUCUAUGUGAAGACAGUUUGGUUUACGACCCAUGAUGGGAAGACAGUACAAAUGGAUAAAAAUGGAGACGUGAUGGGACAUUAUGACAUUCUAAAUUGGCAAUUAGAUGGUAAUGGGGAGAUUGCCUUUGUGAAGGUUGGAGAGUAUGUAUUUAAAGAAAAUAAGUUUGAACUUAUUUUCAAAAAGAAUUCGACAAUAUUUUGGAACACCGAAUCAUCACAGCUUCCCCAUUCCGUGUGUACUGACGUGUGUGCUCCCGGGACGCGGAAAGGGAUUCGCCAGGGGGAGCCCAUAUGCUGCUUUGACUGCAUCCCUUGUGCCGAUGGACACGUGUCGGAGGAAGCAGGUCAGCGGGAGUGUGAGCAGUGCGGCGAAGACUACUGGUCCAACGCCCAGAGGAGCAAGUGCGUGCUCAAGGACGUGGAGUUCCUGGCCUACGACGACGCCCUGGGCCUCACCCUUGUCGUCCUCUCCGUCUUCGGGGCCCUGGUGGCCCUGGUGGUCAUGGUUGUGUACGGGGUGCACAGGCGCACGCCCCUGGUCCAGGCCAAUGGCCAGGGGCUGAGCUUCCUCACGCAGGCUUCCCUGGCCACCACGGCGCUGUCCUCCAUGCUCUUCAUUGGCAAGCCCUACGACUGGUCCUGCAUGGCCCGCCAGGUCACCCUGGCCCUGGGCUUCUCCCUGUGCCUGUCCUGCAUUCUCGGGAAGACCGUCUCUCUGUUUCUUGCCUACAGAAUCUCCAAAUCCAAAACCCGACUCAUCUCCAUGCACCCCAUUUGUCCAAAAAUCAUGGUGUUGCUCUCUGUCCUGGUGGAGACUGGCGUAUGCAUAGCCUACUUGGUCCUGGAACCCCCAAAGGUGUACAAGAACAUGGAAUCUCAAAAUGUAAAGAUUAUUCUGGAAUGCAAUGAAGGCUCUGUGGAAUUUUUGUGCUCCAUGUUUGGGAUUGACAUCUUCCUGGCCUUGCUCUGCUUUCUCACGACCUUCGUGGCUCGUCAGUUGCCAGAUAAUUAUUACGAAGGGAAGUGCAUCACCUUUGGGAUGCUGGUCUUCUUCAUUGUCUGGAUCUCUUUUGUCCCUGCUUACUUGAGCACCAAAGGCAAAUUCAAAGUGGCUGUGGAAUUAUUUGCAAUCUUGGCGUCCAGCUAUGGCUUGUUGGGUUGUAUCUUUGCUCCCAAGUGCUUCAUUAUUCUGCUGAGGCCAGAGAGGAACACGGAUGAGAUCGUGGGAGGGAGAGUCCCCACUGUAGAUAAGAGCAUCCAGCUGACCUCGGCUUCUGUGAGCAGUGAGCUGAACAAUACCACAGUGUCCACCAUUCUGGACGACUAGGGCUAUAGCUCUGUGUGUCCUUUAGGGUAGCCUUGGUGACAUGGCGUGGCUCCUUCAGCACCUACCUGACACCCUGGGGUGUGCUGUGGACUUGGGAUCUGGUGGGCUAGUCUUAGCAUGGCGUAUGAAAUCUCAUUCUGUUAGACACUAGCUUGGAUUAGAAUGCCCUUCACUAUGGAGAUUGCAAAUGAUUUCAUUCAGGCCGUCAUGAUACUUUGGUAUUAGGACUACAAAGGAGAGAGGCUGAGAGGCACAAUUUCUCUAAAAUGAUAGAGAAAAACGUUGGGUUCUGUUCUUGAACUAUGGGUAUCCGAUCUAGACCUCCACAUUAAGCAAAGUCACCUGGGGACGACCCAGAGAGGCACUUUUCUCCCCAUCCUGCAACUGUCUUUCUGGAGUAGACAGCUUUUCUCCAACUGAGGUAAGAACUGUAGCUCACAGGUGCUCUCUUGGAGCAUGGGCUUUGGAUUAUUCAUGUUUCCAAGGACUCUGGCAAAAAGAGAACAUUGAAGGAGUUGAAAUGUAGAUAAAACUUGGUUCUUCUUGAAUCCAUAA